AUGUCUCUCUGGAAGCUCCCGCCAGCGAGCGCAUUGACCAAGACCGACACCAAUACUGACUACGAAUAUAGCUCCUACAAGGCCCUCUCGCCCAAGACGCGCGCGGUAUUCGGACUCGGUGUUAUUGCCUGGGCGUCUGUCGGUCUGUGGACGUCGUCGGAGGUCGAGCAGGCGAUGGGGAUGGUUCCGACGGAGCAGGAGAAGGCGGAGCUUGAUCGGAAGCUGGCGAUUCGGGUUUCGAGGGUGGAGAGGGAUUGA